GGACCACGGCUGCCGCGGGUGAGGACAGGGGUCUUCGGGAGAAGUGAGCGCCCGGAGCGCCGGUGGCCGCUUUUACGCAGCUCUGGGUCUCUCCGCGUCCCCUGGGGCUGGGUUGCGCUGCUGAGCGAGUGCCCCAUCCCUCUAGGGACCAGCGCAAGGCCCUUCGGACUGCGCCAGAGCGCGGUGGUCAUGGUGAAUGAAGGUCCUAGCCGGGAAGACUGCGAUGACACCCCGGCGCAGCCCUGCGACGCGGUCCACGGGGACCCCAGCGUGUCCUCCCGCCCCAGCGUCUCCAUCCACCCCAGUGUCUCGGUCCACCCCAGCAGCUCGGCGCACCCCAGUACCUCGGCUCACCCCAGUACCUUGGUCCAGCCCAGUAGCUUGGGCCCGGAGGACCUCAGCGUGAUCAAGGUGAGCAGGCGGCGUUGGGCAGUGGUCCUGGUGUUCAGCUGCUACUCCAUGUGCAACGCCUUCCAGUGGAUCCAGUACGGCUCCAUCAAUAAUAUCUUCAUGAACUUCUACGGGGUCAGUUCCUUCGCCAUCGACUGGCUGUCCAUGUGCUACAUGCUGACCUACAUCCCUCUGCUCCUGCCGGUGGCCUGGCUGCUGGAGAAGUACGGUCUGCGCACCAUCGCUCUCGCCGGCUCUGCUCUCAACUGCUUGGGGGCCUGGGUGAAGCUGGGCAGCCUGAAGCCCCACCUCUUCCCGGUCACCGUGCUGGGCCAGGUCAUCUGCUCCGUGGCCCAGGUCUUCAUCCUGGGCAUGCCCUCCCGCAUCGCUUCGGUCUGGUUCGGGGCGGAUGAAGUUUCCACAGCCUGCUCGGUGGCCGUGUUUGGCAAUCAGCUUGGGAUUGCAGUUGGGUUCUUGGUCCCUCCUGUUUUGGUACCCAAUGUCGACGAUCAGGACAAGCUUGCCUACCACAUCAGCAUCAUGUUCUUCAUCAUAGGAGGUGUGGCCACUCUCCUCUUCAUCCUGGUCAUCAUAGUGUUCAAGGAGAAGCCAAAACAUCCCCCUAGCAGGGCCCAGUCCCUAAGCUAUGCAUUGGCAUCCACUGAUGCUUCGUACUUCAGUUCCAUCGUCCGGCUCUUCAAAAACCUCAACUUUGUGCUGCUUGUCAUCACCUAUGGUCUGAAUGCCGGAGCUUUCUACGCCCUGUCCACUCUACUGAAUCGCAUGGUGAUCUUGCAUUACCCGGGGGAAGAAGUGAAUGCUGGACGGAUCGGCCUGACCAUCGUCAUUGCAGGAAUGUUUGGGGCUAUGAUCUCAGGCAUUUGGCUGGAUAAGUCCAAAACCUACAAGGAGACGACCUUGGUGGUGUAUAUCAUGACUCUGGUGGGCAUGGUGGUCUACACGUUGACUUUGAACCUGGGAUACCUGUGGGUAGUGUUCGUCACUGCUGGCACAUUGGGCUUCUUUAUGACUGGCUAUCUCCCGCUGGGGUUCGAGUUUGCGGUGGAGCUCACAUACCCAGAAUCAGAGGGCAUGUCGUCUGGCCUCCUCAACGUGUCUGCACAGGUAUUUGGAAUCAUCUUCACCAUCUCUCAGGGCCAGAUUAUUGACAACUAUGGAACCAGGCCGGGGAACAUCUUCUUGUGUGUGUUCCUCACCCUUGGGUCGGCCCUCACGGCUUUCAUUAAGGCAGAUCUCCGGAGGCAAAAGGCAAACAAAGAAACUCCUGAGACUAAAGCCCAGGACGAGGAGGAGGACGAGGACAGUAACACCAGCAAGGCGCCCACUGUCAUAACAGAGGUCCAUCUCUGAGAGGUGGCGGCGACUCAGGGAACACGAACACCCCACCUCUUCACUCAGUCCAGCUCUCACUGCCAGCACAGGUCUUCAUUGGAGAAGCUUUUGGAGGGAACCAGCUGAAAUAUUUGUGGCUCGCAUGGCAGUACCUGUGCUUCCGGGAACCCCCUGAGAGCUUGGUUUCUUAUUCCCCACCCCUACCCCUUGAGGAGCUUGAAGGUGGCAGUGUUGGGCGGGCUGGCGCAUGGUAUUCGAGUCAUCCUGUCUUGGCCCCUCGCCUUCUCUCAUCACCUUCACCCUCUUGGAGAACACUUGCAAAAUUAUCACAGGAAGAAAGCUUAUUCAGGAUAUGAAAUUUUCUAGUGUCUUAAGGGCCUCUUCACCUGCAGCCCAGUUCUUUCUAAGGGAAGGCAAGCUGCCCUGC